AAGUAUUCGCCUCUCGAACUAGAUAUUUUUUAGUAAAAUGAUUCGGUAUAUUUUUCUUAUUUUGUGUGCUGUUUCUUAUACUGUGCUUUGUGAUGAAACUGCUAUUGUUGAAAUACCCAAUGGAAAACUUCAAGGUUCAUUCAAUGGUCAAUAUUAUUCUUUUAAAGGGAUUCCAUAUGCAGAGCCACCAGUAGGUGAAAAUCGUUUUGAAUCACCAAAACCUUUUCAACAAAAAUGGAGUGAUGUUCGAGAUGCAACUAAGUCAGGUGCAACUUGUAUUUGUUUAGAUCCAGUUGAAAAAGUUCAUGAAAAAAUUAUAACAGGAUCUGAAGAUUGCCUCUUUAUUAAUGUUUAUUCACCAAAAAUUAAAACAACUAGUUUGUUACCAGUUAUAUUCUUUAUACAUGGCGGUGGUUUUAUGUUUGGUUCUGGAGAUUUUCUCGAAGAAACUCUUUUAAUGAGUAAAGGAAAUUUCGUUUUUGUUACAUUCAACUAUCGUUUAGGUCCAUUAGGUUUUAUGAGUACGGAAGAUGGCGAAAUAACUGGUAACAUGGGACUUAAAGAUCAACGUUUAGCUCUUGAAUGGGUUAACCAAAAUAUUGAAAAAUUCGGUGGGGAUCCAAAACAUGUUUUGAUGGCAGGUUUUUCAGCUGGUGGUGCAAGUGUAGAAUAUCAACUUUUACAACCAGGUGUAGAAAAACUUGUCAAUUCAGCAUAUUCAUUAAGCGGAUCUGCACUUGAUUCGUGGGCAUUUAAAACAAAUGUUCUAGAAAAGGUUAAAAAAGUUGCAAGUAUCCUAAAAUGUCCAAAUACUGAAUCAAGCGCAGAAAUAAAAAAAUGUCUCAAAGAAAAGCCUGCAACAGAAAUUGUAAAUUCCACAAACGAAUUCUUAAUCUAUAAUUACCAUCCUCUUAUAGUGUGGGCUCCAUCAAUUGAGUCACCAGAAUCCAAAGAUGCUAUAUUAACAGAAGCACCAAAAGAACUUAUCAAAAAGGGAAAAGUAACUAAUGUUCCAUAUUUAUCAUCAUUUACUAGUCAAGAUGCAGGUUUUCUUGUUGCUGAAAUUCUUUUCAAGAAAGAAGACGGAACAACCGAUUUGGAAUAUUUUAACAAAAAUUACAAGAAACUCUUACCUUCGAUGCUUUUAUAUGAAGAGAGAUUUGAAGACGAAACCGAAUUAGAUCAAUACACUGAAAAAUUAUAUAAAGAUAAUGGAAUAUCAGAUGGAGUAGUUACAAUGGAAAAUUUCAAUAAAUUCAUAAAACUUGCAACAGAUGAAUCGAUGACAAACGGUAUAAAAGAAUCUUGGCAGUUGCAUUCUCAAUAUUCAUCAGCUCCAAAUUAUUACUAUGAAUACGAUUACCCAGCAAAAAUAGGCCUUGGAAAUUUGUUUUCUAAUAGAACUGAUAUUAAUUUCGGUUGUGUUCAUGGGGAUGAUGUUUUCUUAAUGUUCAACCAUGCUCUAAGGGAUAUAAGUAAACUAAAUGAUGUUGAAAAAAGGCACUCUGAUAAUUUUAUGAAAUUAUUAGAAACUUUCGUUAGCAAAGGAGUUCCACAUUUCGGUGAAAUCGCACUUCCGAAGAAUGCCAAUUUGUCUAAAAAAGUUGAGUAUUUACACAUUUUAGAAAACGAAGCGGUAAUUGAGAAACUUUAAAAAAAAAUAUAUUGUACCUGUGUGUACAUACCUGUAAAUAACGAUCAAAGCUACAAGAAUAACUGAACGAUCGAAUAACUGACACAUUCAAAACUGAAUAUGUAUGUAUGUAUGUACAUAUUUAAUUUUCUAAUGAAUAAAUAAAACUUAUUUAACUCUGAUAAGCCGAAAAAAAACUUAGACUAUAUUACUUAU